CCUAAUGUCAUCAUAUGUCAAAGUAAUGGCGUACUCUAUUUAUUCCUUUAUUUUCUUUUUAGAAAGAUUGUGAAGUGAAAUUAAAUGUUUAGUUAUUUGACAGAAAUAAUAUAAUGAUCUAUAGUAAUUGGUGAGACAAUAAAUAUAAGUCGAAAUGGAUGAGAAAGAGGAGUUGCAUCUAACCUCUCAAGAGUUGCAAGUACUAUCAGAACUUGACAGCCGUCAAUUUGGCUUUUUGAAACUUCGUGGCAGUGAACAUGGACGAACUCGUGCACUCGUGCUGAAGGCAGUCAAGUACCUAGAAGGCAUGCUAGUUCAAGUUAAGGAGGAGGAGCGAGCAUGUUCACCUGGAGCUAGAAGAGAUAUCUGUAUUGAUCCAAAAACAUAUUGUAAAUUGGGGCACUUCCAUCUCCUGUUGGAAGAUUAUGCUAAAGCAAUGUCGGCAUACCAGAAAUUCUAUGCGUUGGAGCAAGAUAACUGGAAAGACCCACUUUUCUUAUAUGGUUUGGGCCUCUGUUACUACCACUACAAUGCUUUUGAAUGGGCAACGAAAGCAUUACAAAUGGCGUUGUACGUGUCGCCGGGGUUCUCGAGGGCUGCCGAUGCACAUCUGCGGUUGGCGCUGAUGUUCAAGGCCCGGAGGCACUGGGCUGCGGCUGCUGUGCACUUCAAGCGAGCUCGCCUCGCUCCUCAUCAGGACGCUACGUUCACCAGGCUCGAGCUCAGCUUCCACGCCGCUCAUCUCCUCGAAGCGAAGGGGCUGAGAAAACUUGCGAGAGACGCGUACGAGCGCCUACUGAAGGAGCCUCAAUUGUCUUCUUCUCUGAAGGCUGAUGUCUGUCGGCAAUUGGGAUGGUUAUAUCACCGUUGUGCGUCCUUAUGUGAUCCGGCGGCUCGCGCCCGUGCCGCCAUCUGGUGUCUCCGGCGAGCGGUGGACGCGGAACCAGAGUCUGGUGCAGGACUAUACCUUCUUGGGAGGUGUUUUGCCGCCCAGGGCAAAGUUCACGAUGCGUUCAUAGUGUAUAGAAACUCCGUGGAGAAGUCUGAAGGCAACGCCGACACGUGGUGUUCUAUUGGAGUGCUAUACCAGCAGCAGAAUCAGCCGAUGGACGCUUUACAAGCGUACAUAUGUGCGGUGCAGUUGGAUAAAGGUCAUUCCGCGGCGUGGACUAACCUGGGCAGCCUGUACGAGAGUUGUCAGAUGCCGAGGGACGCGUUUGCAUGUUACACUAAUGGCGGGGCCGCGGCCACCGCAUCCAAUGCUGCUUUGAGGCAGAGACUAGCCUUCCUCAGAGCCCAUUUGGCGCACGCACCUAUGCCUUCAGUUACUGGAAAGCGGCGUCAACUGCCAUCUAUCGAGGAGGCGUGGAAUCUGCCGAUAUCUGCGGAGAUGUCGUCGCGCGCGCCCAAGUCCGCCCCGCCUCCAUAUCCGGGCAAGCGCGAUGAGCCGCCACAACUGACAGCACAUCAGUUGCAGACCUUGCAGUAUUUGCAGCGCAACUCGCAUAACCUCUCGCCACACCAACAAGCUAUGAUGCAGCAACUACUAACACAGUAUCGCCUCGCUCAGGCGGCGAGAGCGCGUACGGUGACCAAAAGCGAAGGUAGUAAUAAUGCGACCGGCGGCGACAUCGCUGAGUCGCUCGCCGAAGAUCUGUUGAAGAGGUUCUCAGAUUCUCAGCCAGAUAUCAAGAAGGAGCCGUCUAGUAACACUGAGUUGGUGAAUAAUGCGAGCGCGAAUAGCGACGCUGUGCUGGGCGGGCGGCAGCCGGUGGUGAAACUAGAGCCGCUCAAGACCGACCCCCUCAAACCCAUUUCUUUUCACGUCGGCAUGAGUGCCAAACAGAUUCUAGAUGUUUGCAAGGAAAAUGCAGGUCCGCCCUCGUCGUGGUCGGUGCUCGGUGACGGUUGCGGACCGCCCGAGCCCCCGCCGGUGCCGCCGCCUCGCCUCACACCCGAGCAACUAGCCCCGCCCGCGCCCUUCGUUUACGUCGAGUCGAAGCGCGACGCGUUCUCGCCCCAGCUCCAGGACUUCUGCUUGAAGCAUCCGAUAGCGGUCGUGCGAGGUCUCACCGCCGCCCUCAAACUGGACCUCGGCCUCUUCUCGACGAAAACACUGGUGGAGGCGUGGCCCGACCACGCGGUGGAGGUGCGCACGCAGCUGAUGCAGUCCGCCGACGAGAACUGGGACCCGACCGGGCGGCGGCGCGUUUGGGCGUGCGCCUCGCACCGCUCCCACACCACCGUGCGCAAGUACGCGCAGUACCAGGCCGGCUCCUUCCAGGACUCGCUGCGCGAGGAGCGCGAGCGGGGCGGCGCCGCGGCCCCCGCCGCCCCCGCCAACCUCGCCGCCGGCGCGCUCUCCGACUCGGACGGCCGCGAGUCCGGCUCCGGACCGGUCAAGCGCCGCCGGACCGCGCGCAUGCUCCGGUUCGGCACCAACGUCGACCUCUCCGACGAACGCAAGUGGCGGCCCCAGCUGACCGAGCUGCAGAAGCUGCCCGCGUUCGCCCGCGUCGCCUCCGCCGCGAACAUGCUCUCGCACGUCGGCCACGUGAUCCUCGGCAUGAACACGGUGCAGUUGUACAUGAAGGUGCCCGGCAGCCGCACGCCGGGCCACCAGGAGAACAACAAUUUCUGCUCGAUCAACAUCAACAUCGGCCCCGGCGACUGCGAGUGGUUCGGCGUGCCGGACGCGUACUGGGGCGGCGUCCGGGAGCUGUGCGAGAGACACGGGCUGUCGUACCUGCACGGGUCGUGGUGGCCGGACCCGGAGGAGCUGCGCGCGCACGGCGUGCCCGUGUACAGGUUCACGCAGCGGCCCGGCGACCUCGUGUGGGUGAACGCCGGCUGCGUGCACUGGGUGCAGGCCACCGGCUGGUGCAACAACAUCGCCUGGAACGUGGGCCCGCUCACCGCGCGCCAGUACGCGCUCGCGCUCGACCGGUACGAAUGGAACAAGGUGCAGAACUUCAAAUCAAUAGUGCCCAUGGUGCACCUGACGUGGAACCUGGCGCGCAACAUCCGCGUGUCGGACCCGCGGCUGCACCGCGCCAUGCGCACGUGCCUGGCGCAGACGCUGCGCGGCGCGGCGGGCACGCUGGCGGCGGUGCGCGCGCGCGGCGUGCCGGUGCGCUUCCACGGGCGCGCGCGCGGCGAGGCGAGCCACUACUGCGGCGUGUGCGAGCGCGAGGUGUGGCACGCGCUGCUGGUGCGCGAGCACGAGCGCCGCCACGUGGUGCACUGCCUGGCGUGCGCGCGCCGCGCCUCGCCCGCGCUGCACGGCUUCCUCUGCCUGGAGGAGCACCACGUGGACGAGCUGGCGCAGGUGUACGACGCGUUCACGCUGCACCGCCCCGCGCCGCCCCCGCCCGCCACCGCGCCGCCCCCCCUGCCGACGCCCGACUGAGCGGGACCCCGCUCGCCCUGGGCCCCUGUCCACGUACCUGUAUUUAUUUC